CUGGGUUUCAUUCCUGGCUCUGUCCCGACUGUCUACCUAGGGGGUUUAUUAUCCACGCCACCCAUCGCUGUAGCAUAAAUUCCGUAGAAACGGGGCGGUCGCUAGCAGACUAAAUGGAGUCUGUGCUAGGGCGUUUGUUGUUUAUUUGGGGGGCAGGAGGGGUUUGGGAAUAGAAGGGGUGUUCAUUCCUUAUGCUAGAAAGGUUUUCUCAAGGAGGAAGGCUUUGGAAUGUUUCUUAGAGAUGACCAGACUCUCUGGAUUGGCCUGAUUUCCUCUGGAAGGUUGUUCUGCCGCUGGAUCCCUUCGACCAAGAACACUUUAUCCCCAGUUCUCUCAUGCUGCGUCCUGGGCUUUAGGAUAUGCACAGUCCCAGGAGCACAGCUGCCCUGUUCUUCAUAGAUUGAAAAUGGCCUUAGAAGUAAGUGUGGCGUGAUCCACCCUGGGUUCUGACUCUUCACCUCCUGCUUUACACCUGGGGAAGCCAACACCUACCUAAGGGAUGUGCUGGGAGGUUCAAUCCAUUGCCGAUAAAAGGCCUUGUGACGCUGGGGUGAAAGGCACUAGAGAAGAGAGGGAAAGAUUUCCAACCAGUCGACAUGGUCCGACGGCACCCGAGACCUGAGUACUGGUUCCUCAGCUUCCUGAUUGGUAGCCUGUCCAGAGAACUCUUAGACUUUACUGCCCUUGCUGAUAAUCACACUUCAAAAGAUUUUGGUGCUGCUGCUGCCACCGUCGCGACCUCGGGAGAUGUUUAUGAAUACGUGGACAUCCCCUUGGACUGGUGGCAUGCGAACAGACACUGCGAACAACGCUUUGCGCAGCUGCUCUUUGAGCUCCCGAACAAUGAGCUGGCAUCGGUCAGCGAACUGCUGCGCCCCCACCAAGGGCAAAGCUCUGUCUGGUUAGACGAGAGGGAGGCAUUCCUGCGAAAACACAAACAGAGACGAAUUCACACAGCACCAAUCCUGGUGUUCAGAAACAAAACAGACACUAAGUACGUGAAGGUGCUGGCCAACUUUCCCGUGAUGCCUGCUGUCACCGCCUGUGCCCACAUCCAGUGGGACAAGACGACCCAGGAGAUUUCCACCAUCUUCUCCUAUGCCGUCCCUGCUUUCAUUAACGAGUUCCAGCUGCGCGGCUUCGUUGACAAGGAAGGGUUUGUACGAUUUGCCAUCAUCGUCCACGGACACCACUCCCCGUACCUGCCCGUGUUCCGCAGCGAUGGGCAGUGGCAUCACUUCUGUGUCACCUGGCAGCAGCAGAACGGGACGUGGGCCAUCUACGCCGAUGGAAAGAAGAAGGCCUCUGCCGCUGGACUGUGUGCUGCAGGGCCGCCGGCCAGCCAGGCUAUUUACGAUCAUGGAACUUUUAUUAUUGGGCAAGACCAGGAUUCACUAGGAGGCACCUUCAAGGAGAAAGAGUCCUUCAGUGGGAACAUCACUGACCUGAACGUGUGGCGUAGAGUCCUUAGCGAAGAGCAGAUAGAGAGAGUCCGGUCGUGCUGCCUGAUAGACCAUGAGCUUAUCUUCGGGUGGGGCAGCUACACUCUGGAGAUCGAGCCCGCUGUACAAGAAGUAACAGCACAGUUCCUUUGCCCAGGGCCUGUGGAGCAAUGCAGGGUUCUGGACUUUGGCAGUGGUGGAGUCAGUGACACUUCUUGUUUGCAUUCCUUGCCUUUUGUCUGCCACUACAAGAAGGAUGUGUAUUUACUCUUGAAGAAAACCCAGUCAGAAUCCAGCCCACCACUGAUCAGUCGGGUUAAUACCCUCGCAAAUGCUACCAUGAUUCCUGAGAAUGUUUUCUUGGGCGAUGUUAGAGACGUGAACAUCUCAGCAGCUGUCAAUGUUCUCCAUGCUCUGACGACCGUCCUGCGGGAGGAGGAGACCCCGGUGAAGCCAGCUGACCUGCUUGGCGUGGUCCAGUUUCUAAAGCAAGUUUCAGAUGUCGAAGUCCAGGAGCAGGAACAGCUGGAGAUGCUGGAGCAGCUGAGCCAGUAUUAUGUGGAAGUGACUGGACUGAUCCUGGAGGAGCAAAAUACUGACCAGUGGUCGGAAAUCAGCCAGAUUAUCAGAGGGCCUAUGACUGUUGUAGAGAACAUGGACAGAAUGGCUUCAAACCUAGACCAACUUCUGACUGCGAAAAGGACAAGGAUAGCGAUCCAGUACAGGAACAUCGGGAUCGAAGUCAGGAAGAUGGAGCUCAGCCGGCAGGAGCCCAGCAGUGAUGUGUAUCUGGUCCAAAGCCAGGAGGCAGGCGGGCCUGACCUCAUAGAAGUUCCCCCUGAAGAAGUAGAAAGACUUAAAGCCAAAGGUCUCAGCAGAGUCACUGCGAUCAACACAUGGUACGGCCACUCCUCCCUCCAGUGCUUCCUCCCGGGGAGCAGUGCCGUGUUCCAGGACGUGGCCGCGUCUGACGGAGGACGGCGGUAUCUGAGCACACGGGUGGGCUCCGCCAUUAUUUCAUCCACUCUACGCAGCGACUACCAGGAGAUCAGCACAUCUGUACGCUAUCGCCUGCAGCACCGCACCCAGGACCCGCCUGAGAAGCUUGUGGAACCGAUCUGCGCUUUCUGGAACUUCAGCAUCAGCCCAGACACCGGGGGAAUGUGGUCCACUGUAGGCUGCUCCAUCAUAAUGUCUCACCUGGAAUCCACCGCCUGCUUUUGCAACCACACCACCAACUUUGCAGUGCUGCUGCAGGUGUAUGAAGUGCAGAGGAGCUCAGAGGAGGAGCUGACUCUGAAGACCCUGACGUUUAUUGGAUGUGGAGUUUCUUUCUGUGCCCUGAUUGUUACAUUCAUUUUAUUCCUGGCAGUUGGCGUUCCUAAGAGCGAACGAACAACCGUGCACAAGAAUCUGAUCUUUGCUUUAGCUGCAGCUGAAGCUCUGCUCAUGUUUAGUGAAUUGGCCAAAACCAACCAGGUACUGUGCUUUGCUGUCACAGCUUUCCUCCACCUCUUCUUCAUGGCGGCCUUUUCUUGGAUGCUGGUAGAAGGGCUUCUCCUGUGGAGCAAAGUGGUUGCCGUCAACAUGAGUGAAGAUAGAAGAAUGAAGUUUUACUAUGUGACUGGCUGGGGCCUGCCAGUCGUUAUUGUUGGUGUGACUCUGGCAACUUCAUUUAACAAGUACGUGGCAGACAAUCAUUGCUGGCUGAAUGUUCAGACCGAUAUCAUCUGGGCAUUCGUUGGGCCAGUUCUCUUUGUUCUGACGGUAAAUACCUUCGUGCUGUUCCGGGUGGUGAUGGUCACAGUGUCCAGUGCACGGAGGAGGUCAAAGAUGCUGACCCCCAGCAGCAGCCUGGAGAAACAGAUUGGAAUCCAGAUAUGGGCCACAGCCAAGCCCAUCUUGGUGCUGCUGCCAGUCCUGGGCCUGACGUGGGUGUGUGGGGUCCUGGUUCACCUCAGCAUCAUCUGGGCUCAUGUCUUCAUCGUGUUGAACUCCCUCCAGGGCUUGUACAUCUUCCUGGUCUAUGCAAUCUAUAACAGUGAGGUGAGGAACGCCAUACAGAGGAUGAAGGAGAAGAAGAAAGCUCUCUCGUUCACAAACUGUUCUCAUCCGAUCAAUUAUCUGUCGAGUCCAAGAAAUACAACCUCCUGGGAGACUGGGAAGCUGAGUCCUUCUGCGCCCGAGAGCGCCAUGUCCAGCCCUGUGCAGAAAGAUCCCCCACUGAAGAACAUUACCAACAAAGGAAACUUUGGUGCUAAAAUUCCUAUGGGGAUUUCCUCAAUGAUGUCACCAGAGAGACCGGCUGUAGAGCUGACAGCGUUCAAAUCCUCAGGGUUCUGAGAGGCGCUUUUCCAGGUGAUGCCCAGCCCUGCCCCCUUCUCCCCCGGGCUCUCCAAACAGAAGGCAGGUCCGUGGAAGCCGGGCACAGCGGCCAUCUUGAUUUCCUCCUGGAGACCCACAACGUCCCACGCCAUUGAACUUGUGUUUUUUACUUCCGGCACAUGCAGCUAAAACCAAGGCACGCCUGGGGCGUCCGGGCAGGCAGGAGGACUUCCCUGACCUGCUCCUCGCUGACCAUUCACACGUGACCUGCUUCCCUUGCCCCUGGCGUUAGCCCUACUGUAACGGGCAGCAGCUGCUCCUCCCUGGGCCUUGGUUAGGUAGCCCCACGCUGCUUUGCUAGUCUGCCAUUAAACGGGGAGGGACAAACUUUGAAAGGUUCAGCUAAAACACUCCCCAGAAAGCUGUUUUCCCAACUGUGAGUGGAACCCCAAUGGUCCGGUGAGGCUAGUGAGCAAAGCUACUCUCCAGCCCCCGGCCGGUUUGUGUCCCCCAAGGAGAGGUGGGGAUUGCAGCCCCCUGGCCUCACUUGGUGCAGGCCCGCUGAGUAAUCAGAGACAUGUAAGGCUGGAAGGGCCUUGAGAAGUCACCAAGUCCAGCCCCCUGCACUCAAACAAGACUACGUCAACCUAGCUGCCCCACUUCCCAGCCAGCUGAGGGCUCUGCCAGCUUUCCCUGCCCCCCAACUCUUGCCUGAUAGAGCAGCUAAAGCUCAGGGGCUUUCCAUACAGGGCAAAAGCUUAAAUGACUCAUUCCAUGAAAAGACCAUGCAGGGCUCUGGAGAGGCUGAAGGCUCAACAUGAGACACUCAGUCAGUGGGACGUGGCACCAUCGUGAAAUGGGGGGUGUAACAUCAGGGCAGAACUAGGUGUGUCUAGCUAGAAUAGUGUCGUUUCUGGCUCACUAGCCAGGGCAAGACCCAGUCCUUUCAUGUUAGUUCUGUCCUUCGUGCGCUAGCUGGGCUGGAGGCAAAGUGAAGGAAAAGGUAAUGCGCUCCCCUUCCCACUCACUCAUCUCCUGCCUGAGCACGGCCCGUUAAAAGGCAGCACACAAAGUAGCCCUCGCAAUGCACUAGCCCCCUCGUGUUCUGUACACACAAUAAAACAUUCUCUCCCCUUAA